CCACACCCUCCCCCUAUUUAUUGAUCUUCUCUGUCUCUCUCUGAAGGAAGUGUUAAGAAGAAACCGAUUGUUCACUUUCUACUUCACGCAAAACACAUUCACUACCUCCUCACACUCUCCUGCCAUGGCUCCAUCAAUUGAAAGAGCAAUGCUUAUCUUUAAGGCCUCCGUGCUAUUGUUCUUGACGGGGUGUUCGAGUAGUCGUGGUGCCGAUGGAGGCGAAGGAGGAGACCGGAUCACCGCUCUUCCCGGUCAGCCCAAAGUCCCCUUCCAGCAGUUCUCCGGCUACGUCACCGUCAACCCCGCCGCCGGCAGAGCCCUCUUCUACUGGCUGACCGAGGCCUACGGCAACGCCAUAUCGAAGCCGCUUGUCGUCUGGCUUAACGGAGGUCCAGGUUGCUCGUCGGUUGCGUACGGGGCAUCAGAGGAGAUAGGGCCAUUCAGAAUAAACAAGACGGCCACGGGGCUCUACCUGAACAAGUUCUCCUGGAACACCGCGGCCAACCUCCUCUUCCUCGAGACCCCUGCUGGCGUCGGCUUCUCCUACUCCAACCACUCCUCCGAUCUCCUCGACACCGGCGAUCGCCGUACUGCUGAGGAUUCACUGGAAUUCCUAGUAAGAUGGCUAGAUCGAUUCCCACGAUACAAGGGCCGAGAGAUGUACCUAACCGGAGAGAGCUACGCCGGCCACUAUGUCCCCCAGCUUGCUCGGCAGAUCAUGGCGUAUAACCUUAAGUCGAAGCACCCGAUCAAUCUCAAGGGCAUAAUGGUGGGGAAUGCAGUCACGGACAACUACUAUGACAACUUGGGGACCGUGACGUACUGGUGGAGCCAUGCGAUGAUAUCGGACAGGACAUACGGGCAGCUGAUAAACACGUGCGACUUCCGGCGGCAGAAGGAGUCGGAUGAGUGCGAGUCCCUCUACUCAUACGCUAUGGACCAGGAGUUUGGCAACAUUGACCAGUACAACAUCUACGCUCCCCCUUGCAACAGCUCCGAUGGCGCGGGGAGCAUUGCCUCCACUCGCCAGGGCAUGCGCCUGCCCCACCGGCCUCGCAAGGUUAAUUUCAGGCGGAUUUCCGGGUACGAUCCCUGCACUGAGAGGUAUGCGGAGACUUACUACAACAGGCCCGACGUUCAGACAGCUCUCCACGCAAACACAACAAGAAUUCCUUACAAAUGGACAGCUUGCAGCGAAGUUUUGAAUCGGAACUGGAACGAUACAGAAGUUUCCAUCCUGCCGAUUUACAGGGAGCUGAUUGCCAAAGGCUUGAGAGUUUGGGUUUUCAGUGGGGAUGUGGACUCCGUGGUGCCUGUGACUGCCACGAGAUAUGCUCUUGCGCAGCUUAAACUGGUCACCAAAAUUGCUUGGUACCCUUGGUACGUCAAGAAGCAGGUGGGAGGGUGGACAGAGGUAUACGAAGGGCUAACCUUUGCAACAGUGAGAGGGGCUGGACAUGAAGUCCCACUGUUCAAGCCCAGAGCUGCCCUUCAGCUCUUCAGGUCAUUCUUGAGAGGGGAUCCCCUUCCAAAGUCUUGAUGGACACAAGAACAUCCUUGGAAAAUUUCUCGUUUCAAAUGUAACUGUAACGAGUUAAAGUCAGUAGGACGUUACGGAUCCGGCAGCAUAUUUGUUGGACAUGGUGUCGACUAAGUGUACAAACACCCGGUAGAGGCAACAAGUAACAGUCUUCAUUUUGAACUGUAAGUUAUUGUUGUGGUGGCUGCAAGAAAGGAAGAAGUGUAAUUUUCAAUUGUGUUGUCAGUUCAAAUCUCACCAGAAAAUUUGGGACGGUUGGGUACUACCAUAGGCCGGUAGCAUAUUCGUUGCGUCGACUUUGCAAAUUAAAUAAAUUUUCCGUCCAAUUAUGCAA